CUUGCUACAGGAAAAUGGACGCACUUGAGACCUUCGUGGGCACUGAAACCACAUCAAGCGAUUAUGAUUACAUCUAUGAAGAUGAAACUUGUAACACUGAAGCCAUCAAAAAAUUUGGAGCGACCUUGACUCCUGUGUUUUUCUGCAUUGUGGUUGUCUUCAGUCUGCUUGGCAAUGUCCUGGUCCUUGUGGUUCUGGUUAAAUAUGAGAAUCUCAGCUACAUCACCAACCAUUUCAUCAUGAACCUGGCUGUAUCGGAUCUCCUGUUCACCGCAGGUCUGCCCUUCUGGGCCCACUACCACAUGCAUGGAUGGACUUUUGGAGAAACUACAUGCAAAACAGUGAACUUUAUCUUCUAUUUUGGCUUCUACAGCAGCAGUAUCAUUCUCAUUCUGAUGACUGUUCACCGCUAUGUGGCCGUCAUGUAUCCUCUGUCUACUCUUAAUUCCAUCACAGGCCUCUGCAGCAUUAUGGCCACUGUAGUAAUUUGGGUUGUGAGUGCUGGUCUUGCCAGUCCAGCCUUUGUGUUCUCUCAAGUAGGUAAUUCAACAUUCUGUGGAUAUUUUGAACAUGAGCCAAAAUUGUGGGGGACCUACCAACAAAAUGCCUUCUUCAUACUGAGCUUCAUGGUAUUAAUUUUUUGUUAUUCUCGGAUACUGGGCAGAUUGCUGCGUCCUACUGCCCAAAAGAGAAGAAACAAAACUUUAAAACUAAUUUUUAUUCUCAUGGUAGUUUUCUUUGUAGGGUGGGGACCUUACAACAUUAUUAUAUUCCUGCAGUCAAUGUCUCUUUGGAACCAAACGCCUAUUGAUACAGGAAACUUUGCCAGUCUCUGCGAGAAUCGUAAAAGACUGGACUAUAUCUUCUACAUCAGCCGACUCCUUGCCUUUUCACACUGCUGCAUCAAUCCUGUGCUUUAUGUGUUUGUAGGGAUCAAAUUUAAGAAUCAUUUGAAAAAAAUGUUGAAGCGUGGGAGCCAAAAAAACAGUGGCUUCUCAAGCAGACAUAACCGACUCACUAUCACAUCCCUUACAAGUGGUGAUGAUAUGUCUAUGUACCGUAGUUGAAUUGGUGACGAGUUUCACGAUCAGAAGAGUAAUGUAAAAUCAAUUUACUUCUGCAUUUAAGUUUUGGUGUCAAAAAUAUUGACAACCUUUGAUUUCCCAUGUGGUGAAAAGAACAACAGACCUAAAUGCUGUUUGUCCAGUUAAAUUGCAAUACUUGCAACAGCACAACCAAUUCAGGUGGAAGCUUUUUUCUUGGUUUUUGACCAUUUUUGAGAUGUGACGCCUAGAAGCCUGCCUGCCUUUAAAGAGAGAUGAAUAUGAAUAAAAGGUGUUUAACUAUAAAAAACCCUGGUACCUAGAGGACUACAAGAGACCACGAAAUAUGUGUUUCUUAAGUAUUUUAAAGUUGCAUUAAAGGGUAAUGGUGAUAAAUUGUUUAAUCCACACUGUAACCUUUUCAUAAAAUAGCUUCAGAGCAUAUUUUAAAGCAGCCGAUGCUUGUUUCACAUCAUAUCCUUUAAAUGACUUCAGUCUUCUUACUGAGAAUAUUUAAUUCAGAAAGGUAUUUUUUGUACAUAAUCCAUUCUUAGACAUUGUUCAUAAUGUCUUACAUUUAAAUGUUAUUUUUCAUUUAUGAUAAAUUUCACUUGAGCAGUGUAUCAGAGAAAGAGCUUAUUUUUCAUUUAAUUGUUUUCUUGGUAAUUGCAUUGGUUUUGUCAUGUGCUGUUUGUGUUUGAAAUGUUGUUAUAGGCUAUUUGAAUGCUUUAUUCAGGAUUUCUGUGUUCAUGUUUAAAAUAGUUUGGGUUUUCAUUGUGAUUGAAAAGUGCAACACAAAUAAAGUUGACAUUAAAAAGGAGAGCGGAUUUGUCACCACAGGUUCAGAAAAAUAUGAAACCACACGUGUCAUUGUUUUUUUUUGUGUUUUUUUACUUUUAUAUAACAAGAAAACACUUAAAUGUACCAAAAAUGGAAUAUAUUAACCCAGUUGUAUUAUAUAUCAUGUUAAAUCUAUACAUUCAGAUGCACAAAACACCCAAAAUAUGUAAA